AUGGACAGCUUAGUGAAUGAAACACUGAUGUUGCAGCAGGUGCCGCAAGCUAAUGCAGCUAUUACUGCGGAGCCGAAGAAUGAGGUGACGAUUACUUCAUGUACAAAUGCGACAAAGACGAAGCAAACAAGCGCGAAUGCAGACUCUUGUCCAUCGCCAGCUUCUUUUGAUGAUAAAACUGCCACCUCAAGACCCUCGACCAGAGAUCCAGCAAUAUCUUCAGCUGCUGCAAGUCUGAGCACUGUUCACGGAAAGCCAGUGCUUCAAGAGCCAAUGCCAAGUGGGGCAACCAGCCCCUCAACUGAUGUUGCCAAGGCAUCUCCUGCUUUGGUUGCCAGUGCUGUUUCACCGCAACUAACAAGUGCACGGCUCGUAACAACACCGAUAGCGAGAUCUAAGGUCACUGGUGGUCGUCAUAAGCGGCGGCGGUCUAUUGGUCAGGCGCCUGCUAACUCCAUUACUGAUUCGUUGCAGCCACCCACAAAACGAAGUGCAGGUUCAAGCAAAGACGCUACUUUUCAAUCAAAAACAAAUGGGCCUAAUGAGGAACAAUCGUCCGCUGAUGGGGUACGUGCUCCUUUCGACCAAUUACCGAACUCGCCGAGACAUCACGCAGUACCAGAAUCAGCAAAUAAUCCCGUCACUGUCCAGAAAAUCCAUGAGUCUGCCAUAAUGGUUGUUGGGGAACAGGCAACACCUACAGUAGAAGUGGCCGCACCUUUAUCCCAAUCUAAGGCAGAAAAACUUGAGAAAACAGAACCUGUGAGCGUACGCUGUUGUGCGACGCAACCCACCCAGUUAUUACUCCAAAUGAGCCAGCUCCUGACCUUGGAACCUCUUCGGUGCAAUCCCAAGGAAGGCAAAGUAAUGACUUUCUACCAUCAGCCACACGACUCGAAUCGGCAGAUAAGGUAG